AUGGAGAAAAUUAGAAAAGCAUAUGGGAAGCUUAAAGAUUCAACAAAAGUUGGCUUAGCCAAGGUCAAAAGCGAAUUCAAGGAUUUAGAUAUUGCUAUUGUUAAAGCAACAAAUCAUGUUGAGAGCCCUCCAAAAGAAAGACAUAUUGCAAGAAUUAUUGUGGCAACAUCAAUUACAUGCCCAAGAGCAGAUGUUGCCUAUUGCAUUCAUGCACUUUCUAAACGAUUGUCAAAGACACGAAAUUGGAUUGUUGUCAUAAAGACAUUGAUUGUUAUUCAUAGGGUAUUGCGAGAAGGUGAUCCUUCAUUCAAGGAGGAACUACUGCGUUGCUCUCAGAGAGGGUACAUUUUUCAACUAUCAAACUUCAAGGAUGAUUCAAGUCAUCUUGGUUGGGAUUGCUCAGCUUGGGUACGUACAUAUGCGCUCUUUCUGGAGGAAAGACUAGAGUGUUUUAGGACAAUGAAAAAUGAUAUUGUUGCAGAAAGAUCAACCAAACCUUCAGUUGGAAUAAACAAGGUGCAUUGUAGAACUAGGCUUUUGAAUGGAGAAGAACUUUUAGAGCAGCUCCCAGCAUUACAACAACUUCUUUAUCGCUUAACUGGUUGCCAGCCUGAAGGAGGAGCUUGCUAUAACUUUCUCAUUCAGUAUGCCUUGGCUUUGGUGUUGAAGGAAAGUUUCAAGAUCUAUUGUGCAAUCAAUGAUGGAAUAAUCAAUCUUGUCGACUAUGUAUGA